GUCGACCGGUGGAGUCGCGCGCGCGCGCGCCUAUAGCCGCUAGUUUUUCACCGGCACUCGUCGCGGCCAAAUAAAAGCAAAGGAGAUUCGCUGCGUAAAUUUAGCUCCGCGCGCGCGUGCCACUGCACCGAGAAUUACUGCCGCCGCCGCCGCUGCUGCUGUCUUGUCACCUGUUGCUGUCGGCAAUUAACGAGAGCUGCGCCGCUGCUGCGAUCCCCUAGUGCGAGACGCGAGUGCGGUGUGUACUCAGAAGUGCUACCGAAGCCGAUCGGUGACGUUUGCGCUGUGUGUGUGUGUUUGUGUCUUUGGUGCGGGCUUGUGCUCUGCGACGUGCAACGGCGGAUAUAGUAACUCGUCGCGCAAGCUCUACGUCCCAGCCUACGCACUGUACCAAACUACGAAGAAAGAAAAAAAAUAGUAAAACCCAGCAACAGCAGUGACAUCUUGGGCGCCAGAACAAAGCUUUUAACGCUCCUUUCGCGCGGGCACGAUCUGCGAAAUUUUCUCCGAGGUCAUCAUUAUCAAGAAAAGCAGAAGUAAGAGAAGACCAGAAGUUUAUUAGAGGAACAAGCUUCGCAAAGUUAGCGAAGAGUCAUUCUUAUAUAUAAUCUCAACGUCACCACCGGCCUGCUGCAGAAUCUUGGCAGUGAUACUGCCGUACACUGUCGAAUCCGAUUCACCCACACUCCAUCCAUUAUACCGGCCAAACAGAAUUAUCAACUAUCCAUCGUGCAAGCGUUCACCGGUUCAGCGCGUUUCGUUGUAACGAGAUACAAGCCGUUGCAGGAGCGAGGCAACAGGAUGAUCAGCGGAGUUUUCAUCUAGUGCAGAGAGUUCGGUGUGCUUGGCAGCAGCGAGAAGGCCGCGCAUAUCUCUCGUUCGGCAGCCGAUACACACAUACACACACACGGCGAGUAGCGCGCGUGACGAAGAGAGCGAUCGAGCUCGAGGGGGAUGGCCGGCGGGUGGGGGCCUAUCCCGAUAAGGCUUAUCAGCUGGCUGCAGGAUGGUCGCGCCCAGCUGGCUAUCAUCAGCGAGUCUCAGCAGUGAAGCACAGGUGCCUAGCCCGGAAAGGUCGCAACCAGCAGCAGCAGCAGCUCUUUUACCGCUACUCCUAGCCGUCGACGUCAUCAGCAGCAGCAGGAAGUCGAGCCAGGAGUCAACGCUCUAGCGAGGAGAGAAGAGACGCUGAGCAGCAGCAGCAGCAGAAUCGACCUGCGCAGCCUCUCGAGAGCUUCGAAGAAGAAGAAGAAGAAGAAGAGCGAACGAACAAGACACAGAGAGUCUCGCGAGUGAUAUAUCCAUCCGUACAUAGGUGUGUUAAGUGUGUGCGCGAGUAGUGAACUAGGCGAGUCUCUUCUUGAAGCCAACCCCCGUGUCAAAGUUUGGAGGUCUCGCAGCCUUCAAACUUGGCCCAGCCGGCAGAAAUCAUUCAGUCGAAGGCGACGAAGCGCAAGUCGUCAGCGGACGCAGCAGCAACAGCAGCAGAAGCCGGAGCGGUCGCAGUCCCAGCGAGCAGCAGCAGCAGCAGCAAACAGCCGCGCUGCCGGUCUCCGGAGCAGGCCGAGACUGCCGCCGCCGCAGCUGUCGUCCUUGACUCUGCAGCCGCAGCAGCAGCAGCGCAGCAGCCGCCGCCAAGGACACCCAUGAAAAUGCUCCAGUCCCUCAACACGCUCGCGAGCAAAAUCUCGCCGGGCUCGCCCACCGACGGCAACGCCAACAAGGUGCACAUGCACAACAACAAUAAUAACAACAACAACAAUGAGAGCGGCAAGAGCAUCUCGCAUCAUCCGCACCCCUACAACAAGAAGCCCGCGCAGACGAGCCCCAGCGCGCCCCAGUCCACGACCAACGGCGACCAGAAAGAAAACACUAUAAUGAACAACAACAGCGUGGAGAAGCCCGACCCCGACAACAUCAAGAUGUUCGUCGGCCAGGUGCCCAAGGACUUGGACGAGAACGACCUGCGGACGAUCUUCGAGGAGUUCGGCCGAGUCCAUCAAAUCAACGUGCUGCGGGACAAGUACACCGGCAGUUCCAAAGGGUGCUGCUUCGUUACGUUUUACACGAGGAAGGCGGCGCUGGCCGCCCAGAACGCCCUCCACAACAUCAAGACCUUUCACGGGAAACUCCAUCCGAUCCAAAUGAAACCUGCCGACAGCGAGAACCGAAGUCACCGCAAGCUGUUCGUCGGCAUGUUGUCGAAAAAAUUCACGGAGAACGACGUGAGGAACAUGUUCGACGUCUACGGGGAAAUCGAGGAGUGCUCGGUGCUCCGGGAGAACGGCCAGAGCAAAGGCUGCGCCUUCGUCACCUUCGCAAGUAAGCAGUCGGCUGUGCUCGCCAUCAAGGCCCUUCACCACUCGCAGACGAUGGAGGGAUGCUCGUCGCCGCUGGUUGUAAAAUUCGCGGACACGCAGAAGGAUAAGGACCAGAAGAGGCUGCAGCAGAUGCAGGCGAACCUUUGGAACAUCGCCGGGGUUAACAUGACUCCCCAUUACCUCACAACGAACGAAAGCGCGCCGCCGGCGAUAGCACCGGCUGCGACGUCGCUACAGCUCUUGCAACAAUUGCAAGCAACGUCAGGCGCAGCGGCAGCGACGCCGGUCACGGCAAACCCGGCGGCAGCCGCCUCGCCAAACGCCCUUACGAGCGUCCAGCACCAGCUGCUGCUGCAGCAACACCUCGGGCUAAGCGCAGUCGCGCCUACGGCGGCGACGCAACCGCCGGCGGUGCCCGCCGCCCCCGAGAUUAGCCCGGCGAACCUUCAGAGCUUAGCUACCCUCGCCUCCCUCGGCAGCUCGGCCGGUGAGUAUGCGAACGCCGGUGUGUCGCCGAUAAGUAUGCAGAACCUCGUCACUCUUGCCGCUAUGACGGGUGGCACUAACAACCUUCAAGUGUCUCCAAACACGCUAAGCGGAUUGGCCAACUCGACAGCAGGUAUGUCGCUAUCUGCCCUACUCGGAAAGACAGGAAACGCAGGGUCGACCGGAGGAAGCUUGAGUCCUGUCACGUCGCUGGCGCUUAACUCCUUGACUGGGGCGCCUCUGACUGGACUCCAGGAAUCGCUCAGUAACGCCUACUCGAGCUUGCAGCAGUACGCAGCUCUCAUUGGAAAGACUACAGUCACUGUGGAAAAGAAAGAAUUGCACAGGUUCCCUACGUUCGCAACAACGGCAGCGACGGCAGUUCAGGCCACGCCGACCUUUAAUGAUUUUCGAUUACUGUCAAAGCAAAUCGAGGGUCCUGAGGGCUGCAACCUCUUCAUUUACCACCUACCGCACACCUACACGGACACGGAUCUCAUAGCCAUGUUCAUGCCCUUCGGCAACGUUCUCUCGGCCAAGGUCUUUAUCGACAAGGAGACGAAAAAGAGCAAGUGCUUCGGCUUCGUAUCGUACGACAAACCGUCGAGCGCACAAAAGGCUAUUCAGAUGAUGCACGGCUUCCAGAUUGGCACGAAACGAUUGAAAGUCCAACUGAAGAAGUCAAAGGAUGCCAAGCCUUACUAGCCCGAUGUCGACGAUUCCCCUAUUAGUAGCAGGUGGCCUGUGACGUUGUGACCGUGUACACUCUCGACCGGAGUCGCCGUGCCAUGUCUGUCUCUCAAUCGAUCGGUCAGUCACGAUCCGAUCCUUGAUCUCUUCACUCUUGGAAUCCAUAAACAUUUCCUAUUUCUAUCUAUUCUGUCUAUACUUUCUGCCUUCUAUAUCAUCACACUCUACUACUACUUUUCAACUCUUUCACACCCUGUCCGAGGAUAUACAUAUAUAUACAUAAAAAUACAUGUGUAUAUAUAAUCACACGCUACAUCCGCAUCUCCCACACACCGAGACGACGCUCGAUGAGCAAGCGGUAUCCCAUCGCACGUGCACGUAAGCAAAACUUCGUUCGUUUGUCGCCGUUGUCGACGUUGCCGCUGCCUUCGCCAUCGCUGUCGUCGCCUACGUCGCUCGUCGUUGUUGUUGUUACUCGAGAAACAUUACACACGCUUCAGACACCAACUAGAAAAGGAGCAGCUAAACAAACUGUGUGUGUGCGCGAGAAUUUGCGUUACAUAGCUCGACCAUGUAUACCUCUUACAUUCUUUUGUCACCCUUUCCACAUCCUCGAUAUCCUACUCCUAUCCACUUCUCAAAACUAUAUCGGCCUUUGAUGCUCUUCAUCGCAACGCACUAUUCUUGUCCUAGUAAAUGCAUCGGCUAGAAGUAAAAUUCUGCGCAAAAAAAUCUGCGAUGAUUAUAUAGACAUGUAUAUCAAAGCACAUUCAAGUGUAUUCAAGGGGGCUGAUAUCAAGAGAAGAGAGUCGUUGUCGAUGAUUCUUUCACUUUCAAGACAAGGAGGCGCCAACAUAAACAGAGAAAAAUACAGAUACGCGAGCGUCACACUUUUAUAUAACUCUGUACAUAUAAUAAAUAUAUAUGUAUAUGUUUGUACGUGCGUAUGAAUAAUGGCGUGAAUUUGUCUUGCGAGUGCAGCUAUAAAUAUAUAAUAUACAGGGGUGAAUAUCACGCGACGGCCGAGUAGACUCUGUGAAGACAAUUUGAAGCAUUGACUGGUGGCUAAGGUAUUUUUUAUCAAACGGUAUUUUGCCGUCGAUAGUGUGGUAUUGCUCUUGUGUGUGCGUUAUUCACGUAUUGCAUUCGCCUUUUGAACAGACAUCGCACGCGCAGCACACUCUCAACGAUCAUUGAACCCUCGCCAUCCGUAACGCGGUGACCAAUAUCUUCGAGAAAUAUGCAUCAAGUGAAAUACGACAGAUUAGCGCAGAUAUAUAGAUUAAAAAAAACAUUAAAAAAAUUAUACAAAGACGAAAAAACCAAAUAUCCGCCGAAUGAUUUUGGACACGCUCCGAUGGUGCGAGGAAACUUUUUUAAAAAGACUUUGUAAUAAGAUUGUAUAAAAUAAUGUGAAACCUAUAAAAGGUAUGUAACAAGAUUGCGCGCAAGUGUUUAUAUAUAUAUAUAUAUAUAUAUAUAUAUAUAUAUAUAUAUACACACACACACAUAUAUAAGAGAACAAAAUUUGUGAUUGGGGACAUAUGUACAAUGCAGUUUUAUCGAGCGUGUGACGUUCAUUUAUUUUCUCUCUAAUUUGCAUCCCCAAGCGCGGUAUUUGCUAAUCAUGUAACGGUCACGAGAAGAAACGAGGAUACAAAAAAUAUACAAUGCAAGCGCAUUCCUAAUUUGGCUAACCACUAUAAACUGCUGCUCUGCUACAUCAGCAAAAGGAUCAUUUUUACAAAUUGGCACGACUGUUUCUGCAGUUUUGAUCGGUAGUAUUUUAAUCAUGGUUAUGCGGAUUCCUUCUCUUAGGCAAAGACAUUUUAUUAAUUUUUGCGUUAUUUUCACAUGCGAUGUUAGCAACGUCGUUAGCUAAUAUAUAAAAAAUAGAGAGAGAGGAAGAUGGAGAGAACCCGAGCAGUCUAUAAUACAACGGGAAAGUCUCAAUUUUCGGGCAUUCAUUGUAACAGUUAAUUUACGACUUUAAUGAAAUCAUCCAAUCUUUUUAAAACUUAGUGCUACUGAAGUUUACAUUACCUCAUUUAUAAUUUCCUUAUUAAUAAAAUACAUUGUGCAGUUCGCUAAUUUUUUUUCAACCUAAUUUUCUAUAAAAGUUUUUUGGCUGUUCUCGAUUCGUCGUAUCUUAAUGUUCAAUAGUAAACUAAAACCAAAUGACCGCGUAUAUGUAUACGUUUUUUUAAACAAGAGAAAAGUUAUAAGUGUGUAUACAUGUUUAUUACGUCACUAAACGUUGAUACAUUUUUUCUGUACUUAAAUUUGGCACUGUUUGCUACUGUGAAACGUACAUUCAUUUUUCCAUGUAAAUUAUUUAAAGUAAUGGCAAAUUUUAAUUACACUUAAUAGUUUUUUGUACUGUACAAAGUGCAUAUUUCAAGGAGGAUACCAAAGACGUGUCUUAAUUAAUCGAUGUACUUAUUCCGGAAACAACUACAAAAUUUUUAUUAAGAAAUCUAUUACACAAACACUAUAUCAUGUUUAAAAUUAUUAAUACAAGUGAAGAAGAAUUAGCCACCAUUCUUAGCCUAGUCAGAAAUAGCUACUGUAUUCACAAUUUGUAUGCCGUAUUAUAUGUUUAUUUCGUCGUCAUUAUUUCUGAAUUAACAGUUGUAACCCUUUCUGUAAGACCAUUUACCUUAUAACUUCUCUCUCUUAAUUGUGAUCGCAAAUACGCACUUCUUUAUCAAACAAUUUUUUUGUGACUCACAAUUCGCCACUUUGAAAUCUUGAUUCUUGAAAAUCGUGGUGACCAAAAACAUUGUUAUUAUACCGUCGACUGUGCGAGUGUUACUUUACUGUUACUAUUGUUAUUAGUCAGUAUGAUUAUUAUUAUAAUUAUUAUUAUAUUGUUACAUUUGCUUUGCUAGGAAUUACGAAACUAAAGUUUACUGCGAUUCCUCAUAUUUCUGUAUUAUACUUUUAUUGCCGUCGCUCAGGAAAAAUGCUUUCAUUUCGACACAUAUCAAUUUUAUUUCUUCUUUUCAUUGGAAAAAAAUGAAAGAAUUAUUUUAUAAAUUAGGCCAGUAACGCUUUCUGAGCAGCGAAUAAAUAUUAAGGCGAUAAAGUUAAAAAUCAGGUGAAAGAGUGAAAACAGUCGCAAAUGUUAUUACUAGCUAAAAGCAAAUUACAAAGUAUGUACUUAUUAUGUCAAAUAUUCUUGGGUGUACCAAGAAAGUCAUAGCUAUACGUAUAGCAGGAUUAAGAUUUCGUGAUGAAACGUUGAAUGCGUCUUUAUGUACAUUUUACCAAAGUAAAGUACGAUAAUGUUUAGCGAUUUUUCAGUUACACCGUCUUAGCUGUUUGCUUAACUUGAUUUAUUUAUAAAUAUUUAAAAAAAGGAACAGCGAUAGAUUGUUGCUUCGCAAAAAAUCUUGUGUAAGUGUUACAUAAAAGAUAAAGAAGCGGAAAUUCGAAAAGUUGCAUAAAAUGCACUUAUCGUGACAAAUUCCAUGUUUAUAAAACGACUAAUUUAUAUUUUUGGUUAAUAUUAUGUGAUCAAGAUUUUUCGGCGAUGCUACAUUUUUUCGUACUUACCGUAUGUACGAUCUCCAUCAUAGUUUAUAUAAAAUUUUGUUAUUUCAGUCACUUAUUGUUGCAACUAUUAAAAUGAUUCCUUUUUUUUUUGUUCUGUGACUAGCUUACACACGUUAAUUACACCUAUUGUUAGUCUCCUUAACUAUUAGUUUGUACUUCAGUCACAAUUACUUAAAAUUAGUUGUGUGAAAUCUGGUCUCACCGUAGUCGUCGUUAUUAUGCUGAAAUUGUCCAUAUUUUUAUUUCUUUCAUACUUAAUCAAAUGCUUAAUUUUAUUUGUUUUUUUUUUCUUAUUUUAUUUCGACGCUUCGGUGCUAUCACGACACGUUGUGACUUGUCGAAAUACACUAUAGUCAAUUAGGCUUUUAAAUUUAAGGUAAAAACAUUUAAACUUUUGAUGAUAGAGACAUGAAAUAGACAUUGCUUUAUGUUUAAUUAUUUUAUCUUAGAAGUAGCCUAAAAAUAGAACAAUUGACUAAAAAAUAUUUCUUGACAAGUUGCACGGCUCGUCUAUAUGUGUAAUGACCGAUUAAUGGUACUUUAGUAAGAUAAAUGCAACUUUUCGAUAUUUAAAGUUAUGUAAACUGCAGCCUGUAAAUUGAUUCCCCGGCCACGAUAACGUGUACAUACACGCGUGUAUAUGUCUAUUAUCUGUGUAUGCAAAAUUCACAGCGAAUUUUUUCUUUAAACAGAAAAGAAAUAACGUGACUUUGCGAUAGCUAUUUUUGUAAAAUAACACUUACAUGAACGAUAUGCCCGUGUCAUAUCCUGCGCUAUGUCUUUGGGCACUAUAUUUGUACGUAUACGUGUGUCUACAUUAUUAUAAAAGCACGAAAGAAUAAUUGCUUUUUUCGUUGCGUUUAAUCGUCAGCCGGGAAAUAAUUGUUCUCUUUUUCUUUAUUUUUUUUUUUUUUGUUCUAAGAACGAUAAACGACUUGACAUGUCAAUAACAAUAUAUAUUUUUUUGUUUAACAUGUACAAAAAAAAAGAAUUCUGUUAUAUUUGUGAUUAUUCCUCCCUCGCUGUUCCUUUCCUAUUAUCGAAGCUUUCUUUGUACUAAGUACUCAUUUGUGAUUGGGUGCAAUGUCGACUCAAAUAUUUUUUACACCAAUUAAAAGCAUCUUUCACAUCUAAUAUAUGAAUAAUCACGAAUUUUUUGACGAGGGGAUAUCACCUUAACAGUAAUUUCUUUUUACACGAAACACGUUUUCAUGUGUGUUGGUACAAAGAAGAACUAUAAAUAUACGCGAUUGCAAAUUAUUACAGAAUAUUGUUAAAUUACGAUGAAUGCUGGCCGAGUUGUCUAAAUGCAUUAGAGAGCAUAAGUAAAUAGCGGAACAGAAUACAAUAAUCAGAAAUAAAGAGUUUGGCGAUACGCUUCCCUCGCGCGAUCGAAGACGCAUUUUUUAAGAGAACUAACGAUGAUUCAUUAUCGAAGCUUCAAUUUCAAAGCUCAUCAAAGCUGCGUUUUUGCAUAUCGAGUCGAUACUUGUGUAAUUAUAGUUGAAAAAAAAUUUAUGAUGGGGAAACGCCUUGUCAAACUAAAUGGAAGCGGCACAGUUCCACGAUUUCCUUUUCGUUUCAACGUUUGAUAGAAAAAUUACAGUGAGCUACAAUUAACUGAUAUACGAAAGAAAGUCGCGAAUAUAACUUAAUUUAAAACUUACAACAUUACAAAUAUAUGGAGGUUUAAGUCUUGUAAAGUAUGAAACAUGUUAUGGAGUAUAAGCCAAUGAUCAAAUCUCAAUAAAAUCGAAUUUUUCUAAAACUCGAUAGUUGAUUAAGUAACCGUUUACAGAGGACAUUGGCAUAGGCAAAAUGAUAAAUAAAAAAGUAUCAAAUUAGAGCAUGGUUUAUUCGCGAACUUUUUUCAAAAAAUCAUCACAGUGAGUUGGUUCUAGUAAAGAUUGCUAGCAUAUAUUGUAAACUUUAUCACGACUAGGAGUUAUGGUGUCUAAAUAGUAACAAUUUUAGAUUUUAUACAUAUAAAUAUGAAGUGUGCAAGUUUAGAAUUGUGUGAUUUAAAAAAAAAGGAAGGUAUGACUGAAUGCAUUGCGCUGUAGUUAGUUUGGCAAGUUAAUAAAUCGUAUUCGACAAGUUAAUGAAUCGUAUAAUCGUAUAAUAAAACGUAUUUUGGAAGUAAA